AUGGAUAACGCUGAAAACCGACUUUUCCGUCCUUGGGACCGGGAGUGCGUUGGCCGGCGUCUGCCUCCUCAGGAUUUGAAUGUGAGGAAUGAACGGCAAGAGGAUACCGAGAGUGUGGUGACGUCGACGAGUGCGUCUCCAGCAUUAUCAUAUAUUGAUGAUCUUCGGAGCCGUGGAGUUUUCUAUUUUAUGCAUUUCGGCCACCAUAUGACCAUGAGUGACCCACCGCUAUUUCCCGUGGAUCUUUCGAGGAUGGAACUAAAUGGUCCGUUGACUGUUACGACAACCCCCGCGCCUUCAUUUCCUCCUUUUGCUCCAAUUGCUCCUUUUGCUCCAAUUCCUCUACCGCUGUACCCGAGUUAUUUGGAGUUUGCGAGUCCUGAAACGAGGGAGACAAUUGAAGCUUAUUGGGACCGUGUAAAUAAAGAUGGAUAUGAUGCAAAUGCUCCUGCGGAGUACUUGUCAGAUAUGGAAGCGGCUGUCACGAUGGUUCAUCAAGAGGAUAUGGCGGCCAAGGAGAUGAAAAAAAUGCGACCUAAGAAAUUCGUCUGUGAUACCUGCAACGUCGCCUUCAGCAAUAAAGGACAACUGAGAGGACAUCUUCGCAUCCACACGGGUGAAUAA